GUGACGAACUCGCCAUGUCAACUGGAGAUAUCGAUAUUAACAUGCCAACCCACUCAUUGUAUCAGCGCACAAGUCAGCAAACUAUCUCAAACACUUGAUCUGAAUUGUCUAAAGGUAAGAGUGUGUCUAAAUGUGUUGAGAUAUUUUGUAGAUGAAAAUGUCGAGUCUAAAUUUUAUUCAUCAAGAUAUUGGUAAGGUAUAUUUACCCAUGCAUACACUUCACAUUGACGUCACUUUACUAUUUAUACAUCAACUUACAAUUAGAGCUUGACAACAGGCCUCUGUAGCUCAGUUGGUUAGAGCACUGGACCCUCUGUAGCUCAGUUGGUUAGAGCACUGGACCUUUUACAAAUGCCAGAACUCCGUUUUCAAAUGCCAAAACUCCGUUUUCAAUAUCCAUAACUCCGUUUUCAAAUGCCAGAACUCCCUUUUCAAAUGCCAAAACUCCGUUUCAUCCCAAAUGCCAGAACUACCUUUUUAAAAGCCAGAACUCAGUUUUCAAAUGCCAAAACUCUGUUUUCAAAUGCCAGAACUCCCUUUUCAAAUGCCAAAACUCCGUUUUCAAAUGCCAAAACUCCCUUUUCAAAUGCCAAAACUCCCUUUUCAAAUGCCAAAACUCCCUUUUCAAAUGCCAAAACUAAGUUUUCAAAUGCCAAAAAUGUGUUUUCAAAUGCCAAAACUGUGUUUUCAAAUGCCAAAACUCUGUUUUCAAAUGCCAGAACUCCCUUUUCAAAUGCCAAAACUCCCUUUUCAAAUGCCAAAACUCCCUUUUCAAAUGCCAGAACUACCUUUUUAAAAGCCAGAACUCCCUUUUCAAAUGCCAAAACUCCGUUUUCAAAUGCCAAAACUAAGUUUUCGAAUGCCAAAAUGUGUUUUCAAAUGCCAGAACUCCGUUUUCAAUAUCCAUAACUCCGUUUUCAAAUGCCAGAACUCCCUUUUCAAAUACCAAAACUCCGUUUUCAAAUGCCAAAACUCAGUUUUCAAAUGCCAGAACUCCGUUUUCAAAUGCCAAAACUCCGUUUUCAAAUGCCAGAACUAAGUUUUCGAAUGCCAAAAAUGUGUUUGCAAAAGCCAGAACUCUGUGUUCAAUAUCCAUAACUCCGUUUUCAAAUGCCAGAACUCCCUUUUCAAAUGCCAAAACUCCGUUUUCAAAUGCCAGAACUCCGUUUUCAAAUGCCAGAACUCCCUUUUCAAAUACCAAAACUCCGUUUUCAAAUGCCAAAACUCAGUUUUCAAAUGCCAAAAAUGUGUUUUCAAAAGCCAGAACUCUGUGUUCAAUAUCCAUAACUUCGUUUUCAAAUGCCAGAACUCCGUUUUCAAAUGCCAAAACUCUGUUUUCAAAUGCCAGAACUCCCUUUUCAAAUGCCAAAACUCCCUUUUCAAAUGCCAAAACUCCCUUUUCAAAUGCCAGAACUACCUUUUUAAAAGCCAGAACUCCCUUUUCAAAUGCCAAAACUCCGUUUUCAAAUGCCAAAACUAAGUUUUCGAAUGCCAAAAUGUGUUUUCAAAUGCCAGAACUCCGUUUUCAAUAUCCAUAACUCCGUUUUCAAAUGCCAGAACUCCCUUUUCAAAUACCAAAACUCCGUUUUCAAAUGCCAAAACUCAGUUUUCAAAUGCCAGAACUCCGUUUUCAAAUGCCAAAACUAAGUUUUCGAAUGCCAAAAAUGUGUUUGCAAAAGCCAGAACUCUGUGUUCAAUAUCCAUAACUUCGUUUUCAAAUGCCAGAACUCCGUUUUCAAAUGCCAAAACUCAGUUUUCAAAUGCCACAACUACCUUUUCAAAAGCCAGAACUUCGUUUUCAAAAGCCAGAACUCCGUUUUCAAAAGCCAGAACUUCGUUUUCAAAAGCCAGAACUCCGUUUUCAAAAGCCAGAACUCCGUUUUCAAAAGCCAGAACUCUGUUUUUAAAUGCCAGAACUCCACUUUCAAAAGCCAGAACUUCGUUUUCAAAAGCCAGAACUCCGUUUUCAAAAGCCAGAACUCCGUUUUCAAAAGCCAGAACUCUGUUUUUAAAUGCCAGAACUCCACUUUCAAAAGCCAGAACUUCGUUUUCAAAAGCCAGAACUCCGUUUUCAAAAGCCAGAACUCCGUUUUCAAAAGCCAGAACUCUGUUUUUAAAUGCCAGAACUCCACUUUCAAAAGCCAGAACUUCGUUUUCAAAAGCCAGAACUCCGUUUUCAAAAGCCAGAACUCCGUUUUCAAAAGCCAGAACUCUGUUUUUAAAUGCCAGAACUCCACUUUCAAAAGCCAGAACUUCGUUUUCAAAAGCCAGAACUCCGUUUUCAAAAGCCAGAACUCCGUUUUCAAAAGCCAGAACUCUGUUUUUAAAUGCCAGAACUCCACUUUCAAAAGCCAGAACUUCGUUUUCAAAAGCCAGAACUCCGUUUUCAAAAGCCAGAACUCCGUUUUCAAAAGCCAGAACUCUGUUUUUAAAUGCCAGAACUCCGUUUUCAAAAGCCAGAACUGCGUUUUCAAAAGCCAGAACUCCGUUUUCAAAAGCCAGAACUCCGUUUUCAAAAGCCAGAACUCCGUUUUCAAAAGCCAGAACUCUGUUUUCAAAUGCCAAAACUCCACUUUCAAAAGCCAGAACUGCGUUUUCGGCUUGAUAUAUAUAUGAAAAUUUUUGACCAAUUGGGUUUGAGGAAAUUAGUGGACACUCAAUUUUGACAAUAUGAAACAUAACUCAAAAAAAUUAUUUCGAUGCCUGGUCCCCUGUCGCAAUUUGCAAGCUUGACGGCUUGAGAUUUGAUAACUAAGAUUUGGCCACAGAAUAGAAAAAUAGUCAAACCACAUAAAGUUUGAAAAGAGAAUGUUAUAGGAAAGAGAGACCUAUUAAAUCUGGUCGGCAAAUAUUGCAAAAAGACACUGGGAAAAAUUCAAAUUUUCUACUAUACUAGCUUGCCCAAGACCUUCUGACCCUGGUUUGCAGUUAGGCUGUUAGCUCUUGUUUCUUGCAUCAGUUGCAUGUAACUUGGUUAUCUCGAAUCUCAUCUGACAUCAAUGCCAUUGUUGUGUUUCAGAAAAUCCAAGUUCUCAGUCUAAAGAUUCCAGAAAGCGUUCAGAAUGAACUUAACAGUUCCAUUACACCCCCAGGUAAAGACGUAUAAUUCUGUUAUACAGGGUGUAUGAAAGAAAGGUAAUCGAACUUCAGCGCGCUAUUGUAUCUGAAUUACUCUGCGUAUGAACGAGAUUUUUUCACAUUCGGAAAGAUCAUGCUUUUAGUUGUUGAAUGAUAUCUUCUUCAUGUCAAAUGGAUAAAAAAUGAGCAAAUACGAAUCGGAUAAAAAAUGUUAGUCAGAAUCGCAUAUUUUCACCGUUGAGAGUUGCGUCUAAAACCAUUGAAAAUGAAGCCCCUUUGGUACUUAAGUUGAUCAAUUUUACUUCAAUAAACGACGCACAUAUUCAUAAUUAUUAUUAAGCAGGAAUAAAUCUUAGCUAAGCUACGACACGUUCGUGAUUACCUGUAAUUGCUUUUUCUUUUGUUAUGCAUUGUUUUAAUUAGGCACAGAGGUGAAAAUAUGCGAUUUUGACUAACAUUUUCGAUCGGCCUCGUACAUGCUUAUUUUUUCCCCACUUGGCAUGAAAAGCAUGUCAUUCAAUAGCUAAAAGCCUGAUCUUUCCAAAUAUGAAAACCAAUUGUUCAUACGCCGAGUGAUUCACGUAUAAUAGCGCGCUGAAGUUCGAUUACCUUUUUUUUAUACAUCCUGUACUGUCGAACCCCUAUAUUAAUGGUCACCUGUCUUAAGCAGACACAUACCUCUUGUCCCAAUGAUUUCUUUAAUAAAAUACUCUGGUCUUUAUCUCUAUUCAAGCGGACGCUUAAUUUGAAUUAGGAAGCCGGCGACUGUUUCGAACCUUGAGUGGACACCUUUAUUAAGCGGAAGCGGACACUUGACUGGACGUCCCAAUCAGCGGAAUAACGUCUCUUAAAGCGGACAAACGUAACUGAUGAUGUAAAUAUUCUAAAUCAAAUUUUCAUAACAGUCAAUGGUGGAAAUCAAUUUGAAGAAAAUUCACUAGACACAAAUUUGUUAUUCAUGUUUUGCAGUAUGUGGUAUAUGAACGCCAAUAACUAAUCCCCUAAAACAAACUUUUCUUUCUUUAAAUUGCCUUUCAAGCAGAUGCAAGUAAAACUGUUUCCUCGAAACUUCGCAGGGAAGUUCCACACACCAUAACCAGCCCCUCCGUUGACAUGUUUAUCUUUUAUCACUACUGUUCUUUAAUUAAUUGUGCGUUACCACCAGAUAUGUUCGCUGUUGCAAACACCUUUAAGAGACACAUUGAUGAGAUAAGCAGGCACAUUGGUGAGGUCCCGAAGGUGUACGCUUAAAGUGGGACUAACGCCAAAUAUGUUUUUUUGUAUGUGUAAUAUUUAGGUCAUUCGAAAACGAAAUUAUGAAAAAUUCCAUCUUGAUCAACUUUUUCACUGUUAAAGUUUGCGGAUAUGAUGUCAUUAGGUGAAUUGCAAAUUAGUUUUCCUGUGUUUUUUGUACCAAAAAUUCACCUAAUGACAUCAUAUCUGGAACUUUGACAGUGAAAACCAAGAUGAGGUUUUUUACUAUAAAGAUAUUUUACAUUUCUUCUUAGAAUGACCCAAAUAUUUUUUUAAUACCCAUAGCAAAAUUCAUAUUUGGUGUUAGUCACAUUUUAAUAGAGAUUCCACUAUUCUGUAUAUAUAUAAGAUAAACACGACAAAAUGUUGCUUGCAAAAAUAUAUUAAAUUUAAUUUUAUUUAAUUUCGAUAGAUGAUGGGUCUGAUCACUCGAAUGAAGCAUUGUCUGAUAUAGUGGAUAUUGUCUCGCUUGAAAACGGUAAGUCUGCUCAUAACGUAUAA